AUCAGUGUGCGUCCUCCUCGACAACGCUCAGUCAUGUUUACCGUUUAAUUCAGUGGGCUGGGGCUUUUGUGUUGCCAACAACGAGUAAUCAAGACUGUUCUUGUUCGCUGUGAACUUAAUUUAUAGUAAUUUAUUUCAGCAUGGAGUCCGGGGAGGCCGGGGAGGAGAAGACGGCUUCUCUGUCAGCGGCUCAGAGGAGGGCAGAGAUCCGGAGGAGAAAACUGCUCAUGAAUUCAGAGGACCGCAUGAACAGAAUAGUGGGCUUCACCAAAAAUGAGGCUGAAAACAACGGUAUGACAUGAUACUUACUGCUUUUUACCCCGUUAUCUCCUGCUUCAUCUUAGUGCUGCAGUCUGAGCUGCAGUCAGCUCGUGAUCAGAGACUUCAGAUGCCUCUGCACCGAUUUUUUCCUCAGUAUCAUCAAUUACUUCCCUGUUUGGCCAAAUACAUAACACAGUCAGCAAAGGUCCGAGGAUGUAGAGACUGUUCAUAUAGUGCAAUCUUGUUAAAAAAAAGUGCUGAAAAAAUAUUCAAGGACUUCACCCUAAAAAAGGUGCAGAGUUAAACAUCACACAUUAAAAUCGUUGGUUUUAUCAAAACAAGUUAUUUGUGGCAUUAAGACUGUUUUUUGGGGCAUAUUGCAGUCCUCAGGUAUGGUGGCCGAGAACCGCCACUGCUGCAAAUAAAAAUAAUUUUAAAAAAAAGAACGCCACAAUGAAAGAGGACUUUUUUGCAUUCUUUUCUUAUUUGCCACAGUGGUGGUUCUCAGCCACCGUACUUGGAUAUUACUUGAAAUAUCUGGACUGAAUAUUGAGAAAUUAAUAGCUUACUAUGUCUCGUUUUAACGCAGCAAACUGUUUUUUUUUUUUUAAAUCAAGAUAUGUAUUUUAAAUAUUUCUCCCUGGACAACAGCUUUGUAAUUAUAAGGUCACUCUGAUGUGAACUCACCUGUGUCGUUGUCAUGGAAAUCCUCAGCUGGAGCUGCGCGGCGUCCCACAGAACCUCGUUUUCACCUCGAUCUUGACAGGACAGAGCCGUGGUCCUCAUCUUCAUCAUCCCCAAGACCUUCUCCCUUCCUGCCAGAGGUGUCAGGAGCCAGCAGUCGUUCCCGCAGUGCCACCCCAGAGAGGAGGGGCUCGCCCCUGCCAGGCUGCAGCGAGCCACACUCCGGCUCCAUAGAGGACGACAUAGGAGGAGUCCGACAGAGGCCGAGGGGGGACAGGGCUCCAGAGGACCUCAGUAACUCCCCGCGACGAGGCCUUCAAAAGUACCUUUCUCGUUUUGAUGAUGCUAUGAAACUGCGAGGUCAGCUGGCCAAUGAGAAGCCGGCCCAGGAUGGAGGGUCUGACACCGAGGAGUUUGAUCCCUUCAGAGUUUUCAGGCUCAUCGGCAGCAUCCUCCUUGCUGUUUUUGUCAGGGUUUUUGUCUGCAAGUAUCUGGUGAGUCUGUUGUGAUCACUCUGUUGAAGCUAGAGUCAGUCUCAAUCAUAGGAGGGAGGGGAAGUUUAUGGUGUUUUGUCGCGCAGGUUUGCAACAUCAUGUUUUUAAUGAAAUAACACCAUCUUGCAUUGAAAUAUGAACAGAUUUAAUGCCUCCAUGUGUUCAUUUGAUCAAUAUUUUUAUGAUUAUGUAACUCUCAGGGGUAUACAUUCAACACUUGUGAAAUAUCAGCUGCCUCAUUAUCUCCUCUCCUCUUUCCUAAAAUGUAAACUGUUAAGGAGGUUUUAUUUACAUUAGACAAUGAACUCAGAAAUAAACUUGAUUUUGUCUCUCAGCACUUCAAUUAAAGCUUGUAGUUGUUACAUAAUAAAAUUAAAUCUUUCUUUCAUAGAUAUCACAACAAAUUAGUGUGAUAUAUAUUGUAUGUUGUAUGCAUUCAUUUUGUUUGAAUGUACCCUUUUAAUUACAGACCAUUGGUAUAAUAUCACUGUUGUAAUCUGCCUCUUUUUACAGUCAAUAUUUGCUCCAUUCCUGACCCUCGAACUGGCCUACAUGGGGUUGUCCAAAUACUUUCCAAAGGUGAGUCCCCUUACCCUUCAUAAUAGGCCCUGUUUAUUUAGUAUGGCGAUUGUAUUGUUCAUAUGUGGAAUUUGGUCAUUCUGUGUGUCAAAUGUGAAGGUUUUAAAGGUCCAUGUAAGGCUGUUCUACUGCACAACAGACUAAAUUUACUAAGUGAUGCGUCUGAAUGAGAUACGAAAGCAAACAAGCCCAUAACAAACAAGACUGGUUAUUUCUUUAAAGGAAUAUAAUGCCUGAAUUCACUGACACGAAGGAGGUGUCAGAUGAGCAGAUUCCUAGCACGAUAAAAAAGCAUCCUUCCAGCGAUUCAUUUUCUGCAGUAAAUAUUUAUAUAUUUGUCUGUGAAAAAAAAGCAGUUUGAGAUUUUUCAUAAGGAAACACUUCCCACACACGAUCGAGACAAAAAGAAAUCAGCCAAGAGAUAAGAGGCGUCACUUUGUCCACAAAGGUUUGGCAGAAACCAGAACAUCCUCACAGAAGCUGUGAUGACGACUGAGUUGAACUGAUGAGCUUAAAGAAAUAUACAUGAAGUGAAAAUCCUUGGUUAGAAAAGGAUCCAUUUUUGCUGAUAUCUAGAGUUGUACUUCUGUUGCUUCAGGUGGAGAAGAAGGCCCAGACCACAGUGCUGACCGCCGCCCUGCUGCUGUCGGGCAUCCCUGCUGAGGUCAUCAACCGCUCCAUGGACACCUACAGGAGGAUGGGAGAUGUUUUUGCCGACCUCUGUGUUUACUUCUUCACCUUCAUUAUCUCACAUGAGAUCCUGCUUCUCAUUGGCUCAGAGACUCCCUGAUGGACCCGGGGGAUCUCCGUACCUCCGACUUCUGUCCCUCUCUCCUCUGUCUCCCAUGGCAACAAGGCAUGGUCAUUUACGUUGGCUGGUGUACGCUUGUUGUUGUAGACAGUCUGGAAAUGUGUCUUUGCUGCCUUAUGAUUGGGGCAGCGCAUCAGAUUGGACAAAUGUGUAUUUAUCAGGAUUCUAACAAGGCUACGCUACAUGUGAUUGUGAACAGAGGCCGCUGCUGUUUGUUUUCAAUAUCAGUCAUUUUUGUUCUAGACCUGACCUGAUAAACAGAAGUUUGUGUUUGUUUCUGUGACAAAUGUGCAGUUGCUUUUAACAUGUUAGGUCAUAUUUAUUUUCUAGAUUUAGCAAAGGAAAGGAAAAAAACAAACGUCAUAUUUAAGAGCGGACGACAGUUUACCAUUACACUCAUUUCAAAUUGAUCAGCAACUGAUGAGACCAUGGACAGUGAAAAUCCAGAGGGACAUACAACUGAAAUUGACUACACUUGGACACAAGCUUACAUUAGCACUCAGCAUCUCCUUAUAAAUCAAUUUGCUUGAUGUUGGUAGUCUAGGGGAAAGCGUAUUCACGUUUUUCACCCUUUGACAUGACCAUAGUUGAUUAGAUUUAAUUCAAACCUUUCUAAUCUUAUUUAAGUAACAGUAAAGCUAGAAAUUGUUAGAUAAAAAUAUUUGGACGUUGGUGUUACCUGUGGUCUAAAAGUGGCAAAAUAGAUACUGAAGCUCCUGUGAGGAGUAUUUAGCUAGUGAAGAAACCGUCAAUACAAAGAUUUUUCCUUUCUUUACUUAUAUUUUCAAAUACCUAAAACUACUUAAUGUGGGCGAUGUGCCUCCAGCUCUUCUAACGAUGAAGCCAGAAUACCGCCUUAAUGGAUCUUCUGCUCAUGAAGCUGAGUCAUGAACAGAAGAGAUCUAAAAUCACCACAAACAUCACACCUUUUCUGCUGAUCAAAAUCGAUUUCUUCAGUAAAAUGUCAAAGAUCCCUCAUGUUGGAUUAGUCUACUGCAGAUUAGUUCAAUUUGUUGAUUUAAAGCGGACGCUUCUGAGUCUAGAAAGCUCAAUGACUCUUACUACACUGCGAACCUCGCAAAGAUCACUGCAGGAGGCAUUUUUUUUUUUUUCAUAGGAUCGUAGGGGAAGAUUCUGCCUCCUUCACCUCUGAUUGGCUAGUAGGGCUGGGCUCCGAUUGGUUGUUCCUUAUGGCUGUGUGAAAGGUCAUCGUCUGACGGGUUAGGGCUACGUUUAGGGUUAGAAUUCUAACGUCAUCACACACUCAAGCCGAGUGCGGGCUGUCGGCUCUGUACGCCUAACAGAACAUUAUCGCAAUUCUGAAUCUCCUAACCCUAACCAUAACCCAACAGAUGAUGACGUUUCACAGCCAUAAAGAAUAACCAGCACUUCUAGCCAAUCAGAGGCGAAAGAGGGCGGGACCUUCCCCUACAAUCCUAUGAAAGAAAAUCCUGCCUGCAUCUGUCAGCAGGGCUGUCAAUCAUCUCUGAAGCAUAAAUAAAAAAUAAUUUAAUUGAAAAAAUAACAACUGCAUACAAAUUAGCACGAUAAAAACCAACUGCUGAGAAAAAGAAAUCGUGUUUUUAAAAAAAAGUAUGGCUAUAUUUUGAUUUUCUACUUUGAGCCAUGUUUGAUAUGUUCCAAUGGAGGACUGUUUUCAGAAUUGUACUACAGGCAGCCACUAGGGGGAGCUCUAUGUGGCUUCACUGGGAGGAGCUGUAGUUCCGUCCAUGUUACAUACAGUCAAAGCUUCAAACACUGCCACAGAGACAAAGCUGUGAACGGCAUGCUGCAUAAUCUAACUUUUCUUUUCAAUGUUUUAUCUGCGUUUUCCUUUUUUAAAGGCACUGUGAGGAGACUUAAACUCAUACUGAUGCCUUUUUAUGACCUCCAAGGAAAUAAGACCAUCAGCAAGAAGGUAGAUAGUUAUACUAGAGUAAUUUUUAAUGCUGAAAAACACUGAGGAGAUAGGUGUCAGAGCAGAUGAUUGACAGAACACUGAUAAAACAGCCUCUGCAGAUUGUUCCCACAGCAAAUACUCACAGUGAGUGAUACAUUCACUGUCAGAUAACACCAGGGUGAGGUUUUUGUCUGAAAAUAACACCGUUAAAUUUACAGGUCAAGAAAAAAAACAUUUCAACAUUGGCAGCAGUGGGUGUUAAAUCAAUGCAAACUAAAAGAUCCUCACAGCGGCUUUAAUGAGAAGUGAAUCAUUUGACAGCAGGAUGAGAUUUUCUGUUGAGACAAAAUCAGCAAAUAGAUGAAUUGUAUCAUUUCCUCCACAGAGCCAAUUUGGAACGAACCCAGAGCUCGUGCUGGAGCUUUAAAUAACUUGAUCGGUGGCCAAAUGCCCUUCUGAACUUUUUACUGUUCCUUGUCUUCAGAUGCUGAGAAUUAUGAAGAGCUGAAAAAUAAGAAGUCAGCCUCUCUUUGUCCAUAUGACUCGCAGCCUUAAACACAACAGCUCAACAUUUUAGUUCUUUCUGUUAACUUAUUCUAGCUAUAAUAUGUGUGUCACCCAGAAGCUGUACAGACGAGAGCAACCAACUAAUUUCCAUGUUUUCUUUUGUGAAGUAUUCCCAACUGCGAAAAGUACCUAACAGGACUGGACUCCUUUGAAUAUUUGAUACGGCUCAUGUUACUUUGCGCUCUAAGUUCCCUUCAGUUGCACUUUCUGUUGCUCUGGUCCACCUACAAACGCAUUUUCCUCUUUCAUUGGAGUUGUGGAGUUGCAAAAAAAGCAUUUAUCCCUCAAUGUGGAGUGUAUGAUUUUGCACGGCAAUUAACUAAGAAUGGCAGUAAAGUUCAUACAGUGUUUGUGGAAAAUGAAAGAAGUGAUUAACUGGAGUGAUUGGGUUGCACUGGAAUGCCCUGUCACUGCAAACUAAUAUGAGGCAGUGGAAGUUCAUACGCUUCUUGUGAUAAGUAAUUCUAGUGAUGUGCCGCCCUGCUAUAGUUUCUUCAAGCCUUGAACAUACAUACUUAAAUGUAUAUGUAUACUCUUCUUCAGUGCUGUAGUGUCCUCUCUAGAACUUUAAUGUCAUCCAAAUUAAUUUAUUCAUGUGAAUAUUUUUUCCUUGUACAUGAAUUGGUGUGAUUUCUCCUAUGAAAUGUCUGCACUACUUGAUUGUUUUUGAUAAUGUUUACAGAAUACCUGUUUAUAAUGGCUCCUACAGUAUCCUACAUAUUUCAACCCGAGUAACAAAUUGAGUGUUGAUAUGAUAUUAACAGCCUCUGCUUAUAAACAUACAAAGGAAUAAGCAACCCAAACCUUCAUACCAAAUAAAUACAACUUGUGUGAAUAGCUACGAC